CCAUGAGUUUAUUAGAAGCCACCGUAGGUUCAAUCCACCUGACAUCCAAACCAUCCUUGCCAAACAACCAUGACGCGGAUCACUAACCCAGCAAAGCAACCUUCUCUCCUGCUAAACCAGAACAAAAGCCAAUUGGAAUGGAUCGCCGGCUUACAGAUCCCACCCAGAGCGCCCCAUCAGUUGAAUGCCAGCAAUCUCAGAAAGACUGCGAUCAUUGGUACGAUUGGCCCGAAGACUAAUUCACCUGAAAUGAUCAACAAGCUCAGAGCUCAAGGACUGAACAUUGUUCGAAUGAAUUUUUCACAUGGCUCUUAUGAGUAUCAUCAAAGUGUCAUCGACAACGCUCGUGCCGCCGAAGCAGGUGAUUCUGAACCCGGGAGACCGCUGGCCAUCGCACUCGACACCAAAGGGCCGGAGAUUAGAACCGGUUUGAUGGCCGAUGGUGUCGAUAUCAAAAUCAAAGCUGGUCACCGAAUGAGGAUGACCGUUGACCCAGCCUAUGCUGAAAAAUGUGACGACAAAGUCAUGUAUGUCGACUACACCAACUUGCCCACAAUCAUCUCACUCGACAAACCAAUCUACGUCGAUGAUGGUAUCUUGAGCUUUAAGGUGCUAGAGAAGGACCCCAACGGAGCUUUUAUCGAGGUUGAAGCAGUCAACGAUGGUGUUUUAUCAUCCAAGAAAGGUGUCAACCUACCCGGGACUGAUGUCGACCUACCAGCCCUAUCCCAAAAGGACAAGGAUGACUUGCGGUUUGGUGUCAAGAAUGGCGUCGAUAUGAUCUUUGCCUCCUUCAUUCGUCGAGCCCAAGACGUCCGUGACAUCCGCGAGACCCUUGGUCCGGAUGGCCAGAGCAUCAAGAUCAUCGUCAAGAUCGAGAACUUGCAAGGUUGCGCGAAUUUUGACGAAAUCUUGGUCGAAACUGACGGUGUCAUGGUUGCUCGUGGUGACCUUGGAAUCGAAAUUCCUGCCAGUCAAGUCUUUAUGGCUCAGAAAAUGAUGAUUGCUAAAUGUAAUCUAGCCGGAAAACCUUGCAUCUGUGCCACUCAGAUGUUGGAAUCCAUGACUUACAACCCUCGCCCAACUCGAGCCGAGGUUUCAGAUGUUGCAAACGCGGUUCUCGAUGGUGCCGACUGUGUGAUGUUGUCAGGAGAGACCGCUAAAGGAUCAUACCCCGAGUUAGCAGUCGCCAUGAUGGCCGAAACCUGUUUUUUAGCCGAAUCCUCGAUCUGCUAUCCUCCCUUGUUCAACGAGCUUCGCAUGCUCCAGCCCAAGCCAACAUCUACCACCGAGACUGUAGCUAUGGCUGCCGUCGCUGCCGCCCUCGAGCAAAACGCAGGGGCAAUCAUCGUCAUGUCUACUUCCGGAAGCACGGCCAGAUUAGUCUCCAAAUACCGCCCAGCAUGUCCUAUCCUUACCCUAACUAGAAAUGCUCAGACUGCCCGUCAAAUCCACUUGCAUCGUGGUUGUUAUCCAUUCUACUUUGCCUCGCCACGACCCACUAACGCUGCCGGAUGGCAAGCAGAUGUAGACAACCGGAUCAAGUUCGGACUUUCUCGUGCCCUGGAGCUUGGUAUUGUCAAGCAAGGUGACACCGUCGUUGCCGUUCAAGGGUGGAGAUCUGGUAGUACCCACACCAAUACCAUGAGGGUUGUAACUGUACCUUUGAACCCAGCCGAUUUAGUGUUAUCCCCUGUGUUGUAA